AUGGACUACCAAGGUGGAGGCGGCCAGUCUCGCGGCUGCUUCAACUGCAACUCGCUGGAGCAUCAGGCCCGUGAUUGUCCCACCAAAGGAAACCCGAAGUGCUACAACUGUGGUGGUGAGCUCUUCCGACUUGCUGCGUUUCCUGUGAGGGCCACGUCUCCCGCGAAUGUACCCAAGCGGCAAAACCCAAGUCCUGCUACCGAUGCGGCCAAGAAGGUCACGUCUCCCGCGAAUGCCCAAACCAAGAGUCUAAUGGUGGUGGCUGGGGUUCCGGGGGUGGCGGCGGCGGCGGAUACUCUGGCGGUGGCGGAGGACAAGAAUGCUACAAAUGUGGUAAAGUUGGACACAUCGCUCGCAACUGCAACGAAGGUGGAGGAGGUUACCAGGGUGGUCGCGGUGGGGGUGGCUAUGGCGGAGGCUACGGCGGCGGUUAUGGCGGUGGUCGAGGAGGCGGUGGUGGUCAAACUUGCUACACCUGUGGUGGAUUUGGACACAUGUCACGUGAUUGUACCCAAGGCCAGAAGUGCUACAACUGUGGCGAAGUUGGUCAUCUCUCCCGCGACUGCCCGUCUGAACCCUCGAGCGAGCGCGUCUGCUACAAGUGCAAGCAGCCCGGCCACGUCCAGGCGUCUUGCCCCAACUAAACCCCAUAUUACGAUGAUUGGCAUAAACUCGAUACCCACUUUCCUUGAAUGA